UUUUUUUUUUUUUUUUGGUGACACAUAUUAAGUUAAACCUGUCAUUAUGUUUGUUUUUUUGUUUUGAUUAUUUUAGAAGCAGCACCUAUGCCCAUUGUCAAUGAAAAGGAUUCUUUCUAUACCAUUGAAAUGCAAGAACAAGAUAGCAAUACUACUGAUUCUUCUGAUCAAACAAAACAAAAUGAUUAUCAAAAUACCACUUUACGUUUCCCACCUGUCAAAUUAACUGAUGAUUCUAAUUGGUCCUAUUUUGACGGCAAUCAUCAUCAAGAACAGCCAAAGAUAAAUAAUAUGGAUACAACUUAUAAUGAUGAUGACGAUGAUGAUGAUGAAGAUACCUACAACAAUAGCAAUAACAGUAUUCAAGAUCUGAAUGAUGAAGAAGGCAAAACACAUACUACCCAUCGUGGACAUGAUGAUGAUGAUGAAUUUGAUUGGAAUGAUGAUCCUGAUGCACCUGCUAAACCGAAAAGAAGAAAAACAACAAGAGAAAGAAUUCAAGCUGCUAUGAAAAAACCUUGUUGUUGGCAUUUUUUAUCUCCUUUUAUGAAACGUUUGAUCAUCGCUCUCUUCGGUUCUCUUAUCUUUAUUGCUAUUGCCGUUGCCAUUUAUCUUUUGUUACCUGAACCUACUACUCAAGAAGAAAAUGAUCCCAAUUUUUCAAAUAUUCGAAGUAACGUACAAAUCUGGAUGUAUUGGGCUGCUUUCAUGUGGCAUAUUGGAUGGAUAACUACUGUUUUUGUUGAAAUCAUUCCUUCCUUUGUAUCUCUAUGGACAAAAAUCUUUGUUGGAAGACGCUCUGAGAAAGUCAAAUCAAGCAUGGAGUAUUAUAUGGCUAUGAAGAAAUACAUCACAAUUCUCUUACUUGGUUCUUGGAACUGGGGUUCUUGGGCAUUCCUCCUUAACUUUCCUUUUUCGUCUGUUAAAAAACAAAGUUAUUCUUGGAUCAUCUGGAAACUCUUUGCCUCUAUCUUUGUUACUACAUGUCUACUUUUCCUACAGAAACUGAUCAUUCAAAUCAUCGCCACACGAUUCCAUCGGUCAGCUUAUUCCGAACGUAUUGCUGAAAAUAAACAUUCUCUCAAAGUUUUGGAUUCUCUUAGUAAAUCUGAAGGACGACGAUCAAAGACGGAAAGCAACAACAACGUACGUCAAAGAUUAACAUCCCAGGAUUCAACACAAGAUAUUGGAUAUUCAAACAGUAGACUAAGUAGCGAACCCAUGUCUUAUUCUACUAGUUAUUCUGCUCCUCAACGUUCACGUGGCAAUACAGCAGAAAAGCUCAACAACUUUCACAAACGAGUACAAGGCAUGAUUCUUACAGAUCGACCUCAAGGUUUAAGUAGAAUGGAAACACGCAAAGUAGAUAUCAACUCGGAUGAUUUUGCAAAAAAGGUGGCCAAAAAGCUAUUCUACUCUUUAGCCUAUCCAUUCAGUAACGGUUUCCCACCUCCUCUGGCAACACAAGACAAUGGUGGUACAAAAGUAUUGGAAAAACAUCAUUUUAGUCCCUAUUUCAAGACUGAGGAACAAUGCAAGGCAGCUUUUGAAGUGUUUGACAAGGAUGGGAAUGGUGAUGUGACACGACGGGAAUUCAGGGAUACAGUAGUGCAAAUUUAUCGUGAACGCAAAUUAUUAGCACAAUGUAUUCGGGACACUAGUCAAGCGUUGGGCAAGAUCGAUUGGAUUCUUUUCAUCCUGGUGAUGGUGAUCAACGUAUUUCUUUGUCUGACGGCCAUUUUUAAUGUGGAUUUAUAUCAAGCUUUGGUGCCUAUGGGUACUUUCAUCAUGGGUCUCUCGUUUAUGUUCUCCAAUACCGUCAAGGUUGCUUUUGAAUCCAUCAUGUUCUUAUUUGUGACUCAUCCUUACGAUGCUGGUGAUAAUGUCCUGAUCGACGAUGUGACGCUGACGGUGCAUAACAUGGGGAUCACGGGAACAGUGUUUAUUCGAGGAGAUGGACAAAAGGUGUAUGCGCCUACGACAGUAUUAAUGACCAAGUUGAUUACAAACGUACGACGAUCUGGCGACAUGGGUGAAUCGAUUACUUUGAAUGUGGAUUUCCGUACAUCGACAGAUUUGGUAUUCAAGUUACGCGAACGGAUGGCUGCCUGGGUAGAAGAUCAACCACGUGAAUUCUCCUCAGGUUUCGAUAUUCGUCUUCAAGAAAUUGUCGACGUUAACAAACUUGUCCUGACCAUCUGGCUCCCACAUAAAGGUAACUGGCAAAAUGUAGGUAAAAGACUCCAACGACGCAAUCGCUUCAUGUUCAUGCUCAAAGAUACCUUGGACGACCUCAAGAUCCAUUACGAAUUACCAGCUCAACGCAUCACCACCUCUUCACCAUAUACUGAUAACCCUUUUGCAAACGAAUCUACCCAAAGUUUUGCCACUGGUGCCCAUGCCGCUAUCGAUCCUUCUGCUGCUCGACCUCACAAUGUUCGAAUGUAUGGUUAUACUCAAUCCACUGCUGCUGAUGCUGACGGUAGUUAGUUAGUUCCUUUCCCGUUCUCUUUCUGUCUCUUUUUUUUUUUUUUUUUAGUGUAUGAUUAUCACCCCUCCCUUAUUUGUAGUAUAUCAUUUGUUUUGUUGUUUAUUGACUCUUUGUUAUUAUUUGUUGAUAUUUAUACAUAAAGCAUCGUUGUGUUUAUAUAGAUUUUGAUGAUGGUUCAUAUGUGAUGAUGUGGUGAUAUGUGAUGAUGUGGUGAUGAUGUGAUGAUGUGGUGAUGAUGUGAUGAUGUGGUGAUGAUGUGAUGAUGUGGUGAUGAUGUGAUGAUGUGGUGAUGAUGUGAUGAUGUGGUGAUGAUGUGAUGAUGUGGUGAUGAUGU